AGAGACGCGCGCUUGCGUUCUAGCAAUAUCGUGUCGAAAGUUUCUAUCCUGUCGAUCAGUCGUCCCUGUACACCAGAGCUGUCAGUAUGCAUGAUCGAUCACACGCCACAGUUGAUGAUCAGCUGAGAAACAUACAUUAUGAAAACGACAUACAUUACACGCUGCAAAUGUGCCAAUGGCUGUUAAAACCAAUCGGAGUGUGGCCUCUCGUUAAUAAUCAUACCAGUAGACUGGAGCAGCUUGUCUCAGUCAUCCUGAUGAUCAUGUGCUUCUCCAGUUUGCUCUUUAUUAUCUUACCAUCAUUUUAUCACAUCUUUUUCGUGGAGAAGAGUGUGCACGUGAAAGUGAAACUGCUCGGCCCAGUUGGCUUUUGUCUCUCCUCCACGAUUAAAUAUUGUUACCUUGGUGUGAAAGGAGCCUUCUUUGAACGGUGCAUCCAGCAUGUUGAAAAGGACUGGAAAAUGGUAGAGGAUCCGAAUCAUCGAACGAUCAUGUUAAAAUAUGCGACGGUCAGCAGAAAACUCAUCACACUUUGUGCCAUUUUUCUAUAUACUGGCGGAAUGUCAUAUCACACGGUAAUGCAAUUCUUAUCGAAGGAAAGGAAUAAGAAGAAUUAUACAUUUAGACCACUGACUUAUCCUGGCUACGAUUCGUUCUUGGAUACUCAAUCUAGUCCUACGUACGAAGUUGUGUUUUUCCUCCAGUGCUUCGCUGCUAUGAUCAUGUACAGCGUGACAACGGUUGCGUACAGUUUAGCUGCGAUCUUUGUUACUCACAUUUGUGGACAGAUCCAAGUACAAAUAGCAAGAUUGCAAGAUUUGGUGGAGAAUGAGAAGAGAAAGAACAACGGCCAUGAUUCUAUGUCUGUUAUUGUGCACGAUCACGUGGAAGUUUUAAGAUUUUCGAAAAAUGUUGAAGAAGCUUUGCGUGAAAUAUGUCUGGCGGAGAUUGUCGAAUCGACGAUUAUAAUGUGUUUACUUGAAUAUUAUUGUAUGAUGGAAUGGCAAAAUAGCGAUGCAAUCGCCAUAUUAACUUAUGUUACUCUGUUGAUCUCCUUCACAUUUAAUAUAUUUAUAUUUUGCUACAUAGGCGAAAUUCUCACUGAACAGUGUAGCCAAAUUGGUACAACUUCCUAUGAAAUCGAAUGGUAUCAGCUGCCAGCUAAGAGAGCUUAUAACCUAAUUCUACUGAUCUCCAUAUCUCAAUAUCCACCAAAGCUGACGGCAGGAAAAAUAAUUGAUCUGUCUCUAAAUACUUUUAGCUCUGUAGCAAAAUCGUCGCUAAUUUAUUUGAAUUUACUUCGAACAGUUACCGACUGGUAA